UCGGUCGGAUAGGUUUGAGCUGUGUGUGGAAAUUUAAGAAUUAUUGAUAUAUAUCGUGUUAUUUGGUCUUGUUAUUUGUCUAGCCAGAGUUACAUCCGAGCUUUAAAAUAGACGCGCAUGUUCAUAUACCCCAUUAUGGGGUAUAUAAACAUUAAGUCCAGUGUUUGCCUUAUUGGGUGUAUUGUGUAUCACGAUUGGACGUUUUUUUUUUUUGAGAAGCAUGAAGAAAAAACUCCCCGCCAUAUGUGAUCAAGGACUUGCGAAGCAACGUUUAUAGGUGUAAACUAAUCAACCGUCAGGGUCAGAUGGUGCAAAUUACACAAUGCUGUAAAUAUGACUUCAGCAGCAGCUCUAGGAGUAAACCCCAAUCCCGACAGAGGUAUUGGCUUAAGCCAUCUGCUGGGUACCGAGUAUGAAAGGAAGAAGCAGAAACUUCAGCGGGAGCUCCAGCUGGACUACAGAAACUAUAUAUCCAGGAAAACGGAUCUGAAAAGUAAAGAGCCUCAACAACAACUUGAUGGAGUGUCACUACCGAUUGAUGAGAGGAUAUCUGUAAAGGAAAAACUGAGAGAGGAGAGAAAUAAAGAAUACAACCUCUUCCUCCAAGAACAAGCUCAAAUAAGAACGGUAAAGAGGAGAACGUCUUCUGUCAGUCCCAAGCCUGGACAGAUUCACGCUUCAGAUGGCUUGAAAAUUUCUCCCCCAGCCUCUCCCCUGUCAUCCCUCACAAACAUACCCACACAAACAUAG